ACGCUAUUUGCUCCUCCUCCUUCAAAGACACACAGCAGCUGCAGGCUAGCAAGCGAAGCAACAGCACAAGAGAGCACUACAAUCAGAAAGGGGAAUCAUUCAUUCAACCCGAGACGAGAGCUUUUCCGUGGUGGAAUUACGAGUCGGCGAUUGGGUUUUGGUUAUGGUUUCGCUCUAUCCGAACCCACCGGUUCAGGAUUUCUUCAUGGGAUCCCAUGAAAAUGGGUCUUCCGGGUCUCAAUUCUCUUCGUCCGUCGUCGUCCGAUAGAACUGGGGAUCCCGGUUCGGCUGCGGAUUCGCAGUCGGAUGACCUGGUUAAGAAGGUUAGGAAACCCUAUACCAUCACCAAGUCCAGAGAGAGCUGGACCGAGCAAGAGCACGACAAGUUUCUUGAAGCCCUCCAACUCUUUGACCGUGACUGGAAAAAGAUUGAAGCAUUUGUGGGGUCAAAGACAGUAAUACAGAUACGUAGCCAUGCUCAAAAGUACUUUCUGAAGGUCCAGAAGAGUGGGACAAAUGAACAUGUACCUCCCCCUCGGCCAAAGAGGAAAGCAGCUCAUCCUUAUCCACAGAAGGCUUCCAAAAACGCAUCUACAGCGGUGUCCCAAGGUACUGGACCAUAUCAGUCAUCAGGUGCCCUACAUGAACCUGGAUACAUUCUCGGGCCUGAAUCAUCAUCGCUGGUUAUGAACCAAAUCAGUGCUCCAACUUUGUCUUUCUGGAAUUGUAAUGAUUCGCCACCAUUCACUGUGUCACAUGUCACAAAAGAUGAAGUGGGUAGACCAAACAUGACACAGAAUUGUUGUAGCAGUAGUAGCAACGAAAGUACACCAAGGGUGUCGACUAAUACUGUAUCCAAUGAUAUAUUGAAAGGAAAAAUCAGCAAGCCAGUGAAAGUGAUUCCAGAUUUUGCUCGAGUGUAUAGCUUCAUUGGCAGUGUUUUUGAUCCCAAUUCAAGUGGCCACUUGCAAAAAUUGAAGGAGAUGGAUCCCAUAAAUGUUGAGACGAUUUUAUUGUUAAUGAAGAACCUGGCAGCCAAUUUGGCCAGCCCUGAAUUUGAAGAUCAUAGAAAGAUGCUGUCCUCGUACCAUGUCGAUGCUGAGAAGGCCAACUCUGGUGGUGGCUUUAUCAGUACACUCCAUGCUUGUCAAAGAGACAACUCUAUUCGCUCAGUUUGACGCGAAAAGGUGAAUCUAUGACGGCAUAUGGGGAACCAAAUCCAUAAUUGAGCCUUUGACUGCAAACCGUCGCUGGCUGCAGAGGGAGACGAAGAUACUUCUUUAUGCGCUUAUGCAGGAUAGGCUAUUGUAUGUAAAUGAUAAUAUUACGUUAUCUAAAGGGCGUCUGGGAGCUGCUGCUGCUCUUGUGAAAAUAGAUAUGCUCACUGGUGUGCUUGUGUAUAUACUAUACUUAUACUUAAUGCAGCUUUUUGGCCAAAACAUUCUAA